AAAAAAAUACAAAAUGGCGAACGUCGAGGAGCGGGUUCAGCUUAUUUUCGACGAACUUAAAGUGCUUGAUUCAAUUUUUUGUGCCAAGGACGAGUUUCUUGUUAACGAUGGUCGACUUGAUGCAGAUAUUGAAUCUUCUUGUCGUAAUUUAGUCGAAGGCAAGGUAGAAAAUUUGCAAUUGACCGUCAAAAUUCCCUCUGAAAAUACUGAAAUGAGACUCGGUGUUUCACUUAGCAAAGACUAUCCAAGUUCUUUGCCAGGAAUAUCGGUUUUAUCUACACAGCUAACAAGGAAGAAGACGAGUGAAAUACAAGAAUUAUUGAAGGGACACGCAAAGGAAAGUUUGGCGCAAUUUUCAGAACCAAUAGUUUUAAAACUUGUAGAGUGGCUACAGGAAAAAAUAUCCGAAAUAUGUCUAGAAACCGAAAUUCAAGUCAGUAGAAAAAGGCCAGUAAAUGAUGAUAAAUUGUACAUUUGUGUAUUGAAGUUUGAUCAUAUGAGAUCACGGAAAAAAUAUUUAAAGACAAUUACAAAUUGGGUAACAGAACUUAAUUUAAAUGGUUGUAUUUUGUUCUGGGAAAAGAUUAUUAUUGAGAUUAUUGAAGGUUUCAAAUCAGACAUCAGUAAAUAUUUAAAACGUUUGAGGACAUGUACAGUCGAUGUUGACUCAGCAGGGAGAGCUUGUAAAGAAAGAAUGAUGGAUGUUUUGUGUGAAGUGGAAAAUACUUCCCAGAACAGGUAAGAACAAAUAAAUAUUGUGCAAAUAAUCACAGCUGUAUUAUCAUUUACUUAUUCAUUUUCUCAACGUUGAUUGGCUAAUUUUCCUACGAAUAACUGGUGAAAAUAUAAAUACGUUAACUGCAAAUAACUGGUGCAAAUAAUGGUCUGAGCAUGCGCGCUUUUGAAAUCACUCAUUUUGCAAUACUGAAAAACCUUUUGAUCAAUCUACUGAACAUUUGAGAGGGAUGGAUUUUCAUUAAAAAGAAUUGGUGAAAAGAAAGUUCUAUUGAAUCAGAUAUAUUUUGGUAAUACACAAAACGUCUAACAGAAUAUCUAACAUGCACAUUUUUAAUACAGAGUUUACUGUCGUUGCAAUGCCAAUGGAAGUGUUGAUAAAAUAUCGCAUCAAUUCAUUACUUAGAGCUGAUCAAUUCAUUCGUUGAAAAAUUGAUCAACUUCCUGUGUGUUCGAAUCAACCAAUGGCUAUGCGUUUCAGUGACUGAUUGACCAAUUGGGAACAAGCAUGCCAGUAAACAGGGAGUUGAGCAAUUUUUGAGCAAAUGAAUUGAUCAAUGUUAGGUAAUGAAUUGUUCAAUAGUUUGACUGGUCAUAAAUGGAACUGACUGUCACAGUGUCACCAUGACUGGGCGUAUCAUGCAAUUCUGAAACUCCACGUUUGACGAUGACGUAUUGAAGGCAAACGACAGACUGACUCGAUUGUCUUGUACGAUUCUUCGUUUAACUAACUUGUCCUCUUCAUAUUUUGAAUUCUUUCUAUGUGAAAAGAGUCGUUAUACAUUAAUCACAGUUUUAAAAUAACAAGUUCAUUUGACAUUUGUGCUGAAAUAGACAAUUUACACACGAAGCCGAAGGUUUGCGAACAGCGCUAAAACAUUCCGCUGAUUUUCUCAUUCAUUUGAAGUGAUUUUUUUUUGCAGAAUUGCCAGUGGAUUUCAGACACUAGAUUGUACAAGUUUGAAAGAAUUUGAACAGAUAUUUCAAAAUCAUAGAUUAUUUGAUAUUUACCAGACUUAUGUAAAAGAUGCAAUAAUUAAGUAAAACAUAGAAAUAAAUCUAAAACAACAAUCUUUUUUAUGUUUUUUUCUCUUUCCUUAAUUUUUAAUUUAGUUGCUUGAUAUGUAAAUUAGGCCAAAUAUGCAUUGGUUUCGGAGCAAUUUUUCGUACCCAGUUCGUAGCGUUAUGUCACUAGCUGUAUAAAGUAUAACCUGUCAAAAAAAUUAUAAUCUGCUUGUUUCGCCAUCUGUGCUGCCGUAAUUGACGUACUGUAGAAUAUCAUUCUCGUGCAUGAGCAUUUAUAAAGAAAAUUAACAAAACAAAAAAACCCGACCUGUCCUAUACAUAACGUUUUUGCAACAAGAAUAGGAAACCCAGGUACUGUUUUUGCCUCACCUUACGCUAGGUUACAAGUUCAUAUGGUUGAAGACAAGCUUUUUAUGUUGGUCAUGUUUUACUGUAUUCCGCUAAGAGUAAAGUUAUUUAACUUCUCAGAAUUCAUACACGUGAACCAUUCAUACACGUCAAUCAUUCAUACACGUGUGACGCGUACCAUUCAUAUACAUGCGCUUUCAUAAAUCCUUCAGUUGCAUUUCCAAAUCGUUUUGCGUUUACGACCAGGGAGUUGAACAGUGGCAGUUACUGUAUCUUAGGCAACGUAUCACCUUUAUCGCCGUAGAUCAUAUCUCACUCAAGGAAUCCUCAGAACCAGUUAGUGAGUUCAAGGAUGAAUGAAGUAAAUCUGAUCCAGAACUCUGUGAUUUUUCUCUUUGUCUAUCACUGCCGUCCAGGUUGAGUUCUGAAACAAAGAAAAUGAUUUGCACACACAUCUCAUACUAAGUACUGAUCACCACCAUA